AUGGCCUCUUCGGAUAUCAAGGUCACUCUCUACUGGCUGGAGCAAUCUCGCGCACACUCAAUCCUCUGGAUCCUCGAAGCCCUUUCCAUCCCCUACCAACUCAAAACCUUCAAACGAGGCAAGGACAUGCUAGCACCUCCCGAACUCAAAGCAGUACAUCCUUUGGGGAAAUCCCCAGUCAUCACCGUGGAACGUCCAGAGUAUUCUCAACCAUUAGUACUAGCCGAAUCUGGGGCGAUUGUUGAGUAUCUACUCAAUCAUUUCGGAGGGGAAGAGAAGGUCUCGUGCCCAAAAACGGAGGAGUGGUUGAGGUAUAGGUUUUAUAUGCAUUAUGUUGAGGGGAGUUUGAUGCCACAGAUGGUUACUGCGUUGAUUGUUGAUCGUGUGCGCAACGCCCCCGUCCCAUUCUUCAUCAAACCUAUCCCCCGCAUGGUCGCAGAUAAGAUCCAGACAAGUUAUCUCGACAGACAAUUUGAAGUCCACUUCCCGUUCCUUGAAAGUCAACUCAAAUCCGCCCCCGGGACGAGUGAGGGUGUGCGAGGAGGAUUGUGUGGAGCAAAAUUCAACGCUGCUGAUAUGUUGAUGAGUUUCCCGGUCAUGGCGGCCACGAAGAGAGGACUUAUUACGCAGGAUAAGUUUCCUGAGAUUGUGGCGUUUGCGGAGAGGUUGAUGAAGGAUCCUGUGUAUUUGAGUGCGGUGAAGAAGAUUGAGGAAGUGGAUGGGAAUUUUGUUGCUUCUUUGUAG